AUGACCACCAAACCAACAUCGCCAUCGACGACGCCCCACAGUCCCGAAGUCCGUAUAUCCGUCCUCAUCCACAGACGCCUGGAGAGCACCUUCCUCGUCGCCAAAUGCACAGGAACCUUAGGCCAGUUCCGAGCACCGGGCGGAUAUCUCGAGUACGGCGAGACGUUCCUCGCCGCAGCCGAGCGGCUCACGAGGAAGGAAACGGGGCUCGAGGUGCAUGCGCGCCGGGUCGCUGCUGUGGAUGGGGAGGUGAUGGGGGGACUUGGACGUGAGAAGCAUUAUGUGACGAUAUUUGUGGUGUGUGAGCUGCAGGAUGAGGGAGAUGAACCAGAGCUGUGCCAGGUGGUUGAACUCGAGGAGUGUGAAGGGUGGGAGUGGAGGACGUGGGAUCAGUUGAGGAGUGAGCAGGAGAGGGAGAUUGAUAUGCCGCUUGCUAAUUUGUUGGAUCAGAAUCCGAGCGGGGAGAUGUUUCUUCGACGAAGCCUGUGA